CAACUCCAAACUAAAUAAGAGCCGGUCCAGGCUUUUCUGCACUUACGGCAAGCAAUUAAGAACAUUGCUUUUACUAAAAUGUCAUCCCAAAUCAACUAACCCAAGUAGAAAACCAGCCCAGAUGAACCCACAGAACCACUUCCAAUUUGGUGCCAUUGAUGAGUCCUUCAGUUCACAUUACUCCUUUUAUGUGCCUCUCUCUAUAUAUAUAUAUAUGUUAUCGCAUUGUCUUCAAAUCUCUGUUUAACAAGGAUCUAGUAACGGUUAGCUUUCCAUCCAUUACCAUUUUCAAGACCAUCCUUCUCGAUCCCCAUAUAAGGCUCGCAUUAAAGAAGCCCAAGAAACUAUGAGACCGAGAAGCUUGCUUCCGUUUAUGGCGGCGAAGAGGCGGCGGAGAUUGGUGGUGGGUGGGUGGUUCGCAGUUGUUUUUCAGUUGCUGCUGCUGGCGGAGGGUUCCGUGAAGGCCCCAGUUAGCUGGAAAAGAUUUCCUACGAGAACCAACGGCCAAGACCCAGAGUUGCUGCCUCCAGUCCAUUUACAUUACCUGGAUGAACAUGUUAUGGUGGAAAAUGGAGAGGUUAAUGUCACAUUGUCCAUCCCACAGGGUAUGGUCACAGCGAUACAAUACUGCGGAAUUGAAAAUUUGUUAAUGGAACCCAACAAAGAAAGAAACAGAGGAUACUGGGAUGUGGUUUGGGACAGUCCGGGUCAUCUUGGUGGCAAAUAUGACUGGCUAGAAGGAACAAAUUUCAGUGUAGUCGUGGAGGACGAAGAUCAGGUAGAGCUGUCCUUCACACGAACAUGGGAUCCAUCUGUAGAUACCUCUGUAAUUCCUCUUAAUAUUGAUAAAAGGUUUAUAAUGCUGCGAGGCUGCCCGGGUUUCUACUCGUAUGCUAUACUGGAGCACCCAGAAGGGUGGCCGGACCUCACCAUCUACCAGGGCCGGAUUGUCUUCAAGCUUCAAGAAACGCUCUUUCGCUAUAUGGCGGUGUCGGACGAAAGGCAAAGGAUAAUGCCAACAGCUGAGGAUCGCCAAACGGGCCUAGUCUUGGACUACCCGGAAGCUGUGUUAUUGACAAAUCCAAGCAACCCGGAUCUCAGAGGAGAGGUGGAUGACAAGUACCAGUAUUCAUCUGAGAACAAGGACAACCGGGUUCAUGGGUGGAUAUGCUUCGACCCACCCGUUGGAUUCUGGAUGAUCACCCCCAGUGACGAGUUCCGCUCGGGUGGGCCUGUCAAGCAAGACCUUACCUCACACGUCGGCCCAACCGUCUUGUCAAUGUUUUUCAGCACCCAUUACGCAGGGGAGAGCCUGGCAAUACAACUGCGACACGGGGAGCCAUGGAAGAAGGUGUUCGGCCCUGUUAUGGUUUAUCUAAACUCAGCUUCGCCAGAUGACAAUCCCCUCUCCCUUUGGGAAGACGCCAAAGAACAGAUGAUAAUUGAAACCCGAAGCUGGCCCUAUGAUUUUCCGCUUUCAGAAGACUUUGCUCGGUCAGACCAACGAGCUACAGUUAGCGGCCGCUUACUAGUCCGUGACAGGUACAUUAAUGAAGAACUUAUGACUGCAAACUCGGCUUUUGUGGGUUUGGCUCCACCAGGAGAUGCUGGAUCCUGGCAACGAGAAAGCAAGGGUUAUCAAUUCUGGACUCAAGCAAAUGCUGAGGGUAACUUCUUGAUCAAAGGCGUCCGGGCUGGAAACUACUGCCUCUUUGCAUGGGUCUCCGGCAUUAUUGGCGAUUACAAAUACCAACGAUGCAUUUACAUCGAACCAGGAAAACGAAGAAGAUUAGGCGUUAUUAUUUAUGAACCUCCAAGACAAGGCCCAACACUAUGGGAGAUCGGCGUUCCUGAUCGCACUGCGGCUGAGUUCUUCGUGCCCGAUGCAAAUCCGACUCUACUCAACCAAUUAUACGUCAAUCUUCCAGAUAGAUACAGGCAAUACGGGUUAUGGGAUCGGUAUUCAGAUAUCUAUCCCGACGAGGAUCUCACCUACACUGUUGGCAUCAGCAAUUAUCAAACCGAUUGGUUCUUUGCUCAAGUUAACAGGAACAUAGGAAAUGGAACUUACGUGCCAACCACAUGGAGAAUCAUAUUUGAUCUUGAUAAUGUGAGCGAGGCUGGAAAUUAUGUACUGCGAUUAGCAAUAGCGUCAGCUCAUGAAGCCGAGCUCCACGUUCGAAUGAAUGAGCCGGAUGCGACGACGAGUCCUCACUUCGCGACGGGGUUCUUCGGGAAGGACAAUUCCAUAGCGAGGCAUGGGAUUCACGGGUUGUAUUGGCUGUACACGGCGGAGAUACCAGCGUCUCUCCUUGCCGCUGGAACCAAUAUUCUGUAUCUGACGCAGCCGAGAGGGUUAAGUCCUUUCAGGGGAAUUAUGUACGAUUAUAUCCGUUUAGAAGGGCCCGUUCAAAACUGAUGAUUAAUUUGGACGCCCACGCCCACGUAUAUAUACCACUUCCAUUCUUUCAGCCUUCUUGUGGGCAACCAACCAAGGAAAAGAAAAUAGAAGAAGAGAGUCAAUUAAUUACAUUAUUGUGCAAUUCCAAAAGUGGGACGAAAAUUGAUAAGCUCGAAUAUGGAUCAUUAAA